UCAAUAAAAAAAUCCUCAAAACGAGCAGAAAGUGUAAAAGCAAAAGCUAAAUUGACGUCGCCACGUAAUCGAUCUUAUCCAUUUCACAAACUUUUUCGUUCUUUACAUACUUCAAUUCAAUACCCCCACCAAACUCAACAAAGCAUUUCGUAUUCUGUUUCUCCUUUCCAAAUCAUAGCAUUCAACAAUGGCAACCCCAUUUUCUGCUCCAAUCCUAUCAUCUACUUCACCUGCUUUAUCUUCUAAUCGGGUCAACCCUGACUUGGCCCACCAAAAACCAACACCCGGAUCGUCCUCCUCCGCCAGCUGGUGGACCCCACUCUUCGGCUGGUCCUCUGAACCUGAUUACAUCGGUAAUACCGGUUCUAAUAUUAGCAGCAGCGCGAUCAAAACCGGGCCGUCCAAGGAGGUUUUGGCCAAAAACACGGAUCCGGAAACGGGCCGGUGCAGAUCCAAGUUCCGGCCUGGAUGUUUUACGGAGGAUAAAGCGAAAGAGCUGAGGAAAAUGACGACGCAGAGCUCUAAUUUCCAUGACGUUAUGUACCAUUCUGCUAUUGCAUCUCGUCUUGCGUCAGAUGUUUCCGGUCGGUGACAAGUUCGCCGGAGAUGGAGGUUCACCGGCGAGUUAGGUGAUCGGACUAGCCGAUCCUUGAUCUGCAGCCAAAUCAAUCUGUAAACUUGAAAAUUCUCUCUUUUUUCUGAAAUAAAGAUUUGACGAUAAUUUCAAGGACUUUGUGUGGAUUGUUGUUUCUUGUGCUACUGCUGCCAAAUAUGUAUAUGAUUUAUUUCAUAUCUUAUGAUGGUAAUGAAACGUAGAUUAUGAUUGCCAGAGAAAUUCCUUA